CCUCUCUCUCUUGUUUUCUUCUUCGUUCUCUGCUUCUUCCUCUCUUUCAUGGCUAUGUACGAGAGCUACAAAGCAGGUGACUUCCUGGACUUCACCUUGGACGACUUUGAAGAGAAAGAAAAUGAAACCAAACAAAUGCUGAGUUCGGGUGAUUUAGGAAGUUUUGCAGCAAGUUUAAGCGGUUUACCGGAGAGCCAGCUGUGCAUACCGGACGACCCAAUAGAGGAUUUAGAGUGGUUUCCCAAUUUUGCCGACGGUUCCAUCUCCUUAAGUGGUAUUCCGACUAGCCCAGACCGUGAAACCGUCUCCUUCAGUGGUUUUCCAAAGACCCCACAGCAAGAAACUGAAGAGAACAUUAACAGAGAAACCCCAAGGAAGGGGUUUGAUGGGCAUCUUAGAAAAGUGAUACCCAGUAAGAAACCAAGGAGCAAGCGCGUGGGUGGACGCGCUUGGGCGUCCAUGAAGGGUCCCUCGUCGCUCUCAUUGCCGGAAAGUGGGGUUUUGGCGCCGGAGAAGAGUGGUGGUGUUGUGCUGGGGAGGAGGUGUACGCAUUGUGAGGUAGAUAAUACACCGCAGUGGAGAUUGGGGCCCAUGGGGCCUAAAACGCUGUGUAAUGCAUGCGGGGUGCGGUACAAGUCUGGUCGGUUGGUGCCGGAAUAUCGGCCGGCGGCGAGUCCAAGCUUCAACAAUGGGGUGCAUUCAAACAGUCAUAGGAAGAUAAUGAAGCUGAGGGAGGUAAGAUAUGGGUAGGGGAGUUCUUCGUUUGUACUGGUGGGGAAAAGGGAGAGGAGAAGGAGGAG